AUGGAAUCACGAUUACGAUUGGCUGGCUUCCUCCAUUUGAGCAAGCGUUUGAGCAGGAGUUUGAGCAAGUAUUGGAGCAAGAUGGAGUCGUGCAGAUUUGAAGACACUGAUUAUUGCAACGAGAUGUGCAUGAGUUCGAUACGGAACCACAAAGAGAUGAGCAGGAAUUGGUUUGACAGCCAGAGGGGGACGACGAUUUUGACCACAUUAGAGGAGAUCCUCGUUGGCAGUGUCGAUGGAGAGUCCGAUCCAUGCAACGGCAGUGUAGGCAAGAGUGGAGGCGACAAGGACGGCAGUGUAGAUGGCGUUCAUGCUGGCUUCGGUUGGUUGGAUUGGAUCUAUUGGAUCUUGUUCAAACUGACGAUUUGCUCGGCUUAA